UUUACUUACUUCCUGCUUCCUGUUUUGUCUGAGAGUAGUCGACGCUGUUCAGUUCCUCCGUGUCCACUCCGUCAUAACGUGGCAAUGAUCUAAAACGUUUUCCGUGGAUUAUUUCCUCACAGAACCAGCGCCGUCCCUGACACCUUAACGGUUAUAAAGAGCUCGCGCAGUGAAGACGGAGCCGGACAUGCAGUUCUCCCCGAGCAGCGGAGACUUUACCUUCGUCUCCUCCACCGGGGCUGAAGAGCUGAGUGGGACGAUCGAUGCCCCGGACAUUAAGGUGACCAUGGGCACUGACCACACUCGAGAUGCCUACGCUGCUAACUUCCUGAGACAGAGAGGUUACGGCUGGCUGCUGGAGGUGGAGGAGGACGAGGCAGAGGAGACCAAACCCUUACUGGAGGAGCUGGACAUUGAUCUGAAGGAUAUCUACUAUAAGGUCCGGUGUGUGUUGAUGCCCAUGCCGUCUCUGGGCUUUAACAGGCAGGUGGUCAGAGAUAAUCCGGACUUCUGGGGGCCGCUGGCCGUGGUGCUGCUUUUCUCCAUGAUCUCCAUCUACGGACAGUUCCGGGUCGUGUCCUGGAUCAUCACCAUCUGGAUAUUCGGAUCACUGACCAUCUUCCUGCUGGCCAGAGUUCUAGGUGGAGAGGUGUCGUAUGGUCAGGUGCUGGGAGUGAUCGGAUACUCACUGCUCCCUCUCAUCGUCAUCGCACCGUUACUGCUGUUCACUGGAGCUUUUGAAAUCCUGUCCACACUCGUAAAGCUGGGGGGCGUGUUCUGGGCGGCGUAUAGCGCUGCGUCGCUGCUCGUCAGUGAUGAGUUCAAGACCAAGAAGCCUCUCCUCAUCUACCCCAUCUUCCUCCUCUACAUCUACUUCCUGUCCCUGUACACCGGAGUCUGAUUGGCCCACAGUCCUUCCUCCACACUUUGCUCGGACUCUGACUCCGCCCUCCACUUGGGGACGGGUCACGUGAUGCUGACGACGGGACAUGGAAUAAAAUAAUCAUUUUUCUUUUCAUUUUUUGUGUACAGUCAAUGUAUUUAAUGUAGCAGAUUGUCUUUAGCUUUUCUGCGUCUGCGCUGGGGUUCUGCUGGUCACACCGCUCCUCACUCUGCCUUCUGGACCAGAGACGUCUGUCCACUGUCCCUCACGUUAAUUCCUAACAGACACAAGUGUAUAUAUUUGUCAGGUUUUGGGGUUUCUGGAAGAUUUUCUGUACUGUAACGAGGAAAAAUUUCAUUUAAAGAGAAAUAUCUCCAUCUUUUUUGUAUGAAGAGGAGAGAGGGGAGAAGCGUGCCUUUACCACAGGGUUUAUAAACACAGGUUCGAGUGGUCAGACUGGAAACAGAGCUCAAACAGAUGAUUUGUGAAAUAACUCCAAAAGCAACGACUUUAUAUUGGACUUUAUAUUUUUUGUUUCACGAAACACACGUUACGAUAAUCCACCAUAUUGUGAUGUUCGUGUACAGCUCAUCAUCAUUAUUACCAUUAAAACACAUUUAUGUCUCAUGA